GGUUCCCAUAGUGAAGAUUAUUAGACAGCGCGGUGUAAUCACUCGUUAGUGCAGCUUGUGGCAUCCCGCGAUCCGCACGCCAUGGCCCCCGUCGACGAGGUGUUCUCGCAACUGCAGGGCUUCGUCGCGAAGGGCGCAGCGGAGCUCAGCCAGGGAGUGGAGCGCGGCUGGCACGGCGCCGUCGCUCGCUUCGACGCUGCUCGUCGCAACCCCUUGCCGCUCCCCCUCCCUCUCGCGUCUAUCGCUGGAGCAGAUCGAAGCGGCUCGGGCUCUGAUGGGCAAAGAGGUGGAUUUCGGUUACCAGACCCGAUUAAAGCCCUGCAGGCCGCAAUGAGCGGAGGGAGACCGCAGGAGACCCCUCUAGAGCCUAGUGCGGGAUCCAGACGGCGGAGAGUGGUCGCCGCUGAGAGUCCAUCUGACGGUUUAGUUCUGGUGUCUAAUAAGGCGUACGGCGACGGUUCGGCGACGGACGCGCGACGGAAUCAGCUGCCGACGAUUCGCACGUCCCUGUCGCAGGCGAUGGAGGCGACGUAUGCAGGCAGGCAGGGCGCGAGGGGAAUGGAGGGUGACGUGGACAGGGAGAGGGGCAGGGGGAGGCGCGAGGGAGGCGCGGUGCUGGCCGGGAGCGCGGUUAAGGGAAGGGAUGGGAGGAAAUACGAGGAGCUGGAUUACAGCAACGACGAAGAUGACGACCUCGCCGCCCUCCUGCGGCCCCCUCCGCCCUCGCCCCUCGCGGCCGACGCCUCUUCACCCAUCGCUACCGCUGCUGCUGUGGCUGCAGUGGUGGUUAGCAGCCCAGGUAGACGGAGUCAGGCGGGGCAGCAGCGGCAGCAGCAGGCGGGCAGUGUGAGGGUGGGGGCGGACGGCACGGAGGAGUGGGCGGGUCCUGCUCCGGACUUCCUCAAGAAGGCAGCGCAGGAGGCGGGGCCAGCGACGAAGGAGGAGCUGGGGCGCGCCACGUGGACGUUCCUGCACACGCUGGCAGCUCAGUUUCCGGAGAAGCCCAGCAAGCAGCAGCAAAAGGAUGCCAAAGAAUUCGUGACUCUCCUCGCCCGCGUCUACCCCUGCAAGAUCUGCUCCUACCACUUCCAAAAGAUAGUCAAGGCCAACCCGCCUCAGGCGGGGUCAAGAGGGGAGCUGGAGCAAUACAUGUGCCGCCUUCACAACAUUGUCAACCGCAGUCUCAAGAAGCCAGAGUUCCCGUGCAAGAGGGUCUCGUCCCGAUGGGGCUCGCUAGAGUGCGAGGAUAACGCAUGUGAAGUGUAGAGUGGGGUUGUUGCGAGAUUAGGGGGUUGACUGGGCCUGUAAGUAGAGAUGAUUGAAGCAGUUGUCAUUGUCAGGUGGCUUGAGGUAUUGUUGGGCUGAGAAAAGCCCUUAGUCUCAAAACUAGAAUUGAAUGAUUGAUUAGUGAGAGAGAGUACAUGCACAUAUACCUAAAUGUUGUACCCUCUAGGAGGUUACCCUAUACGG